AUGCCACCUAAGACCAAAGGAAAAGGGGCACAGAAAAAGAAUUCGGGUGCCGAUGUGGAGGCCGAGUCCAAGCACAGGCUGGCCAUGCUGGAGAAGGAGUUGCUCUGAGACCACUUGGCUCUGCGGAGGAACGAGGCCCGCCAAGCCAAGGCCUCUGAAGACCAGCUGAAGCAGAGGCUGCAAGGGUUGGAGGCUGAACUAGAGGGGGCCCACAGUGAAGGGAAGGCCAUAUAUGCAGAGAUGAGUCAACAGCACCAAGUCCUGCAGGAGGAGAUGGCUACUCGAAGCAGGCAGCUGGAGGAAGAAGUGAGGGGUCUUCGGGAACAGGUAGAGACAUGCCAGGGAGAGGCUGAGGCUGCCCGGACAGCAGCUGAGCAGGCCCUCAGGGAGCGGGACCAGACUCUGGCUCAGCUUUGGGCCCACAUGGCAGACAUGGAGGCCAAGUAUGAGGAAAUCUUACAUGGCAGCCUGAACCAGCUCUUGGCCAAGCUAACAGCUAUCAAGCCUCAGUGGGAUGAGGCUGCUCUGAGACUCCACGCCAGGCACAAGGAGCAGCUGUGCCAGUUUGGACUCAAUCCCCUGGAUCUUUGAGCCUGCAAGCCUGUGGUCCCCGGGCUCUCUGAGCCCCAGUAAUAAAGCUGUCUUGAUGUAGAACUCAACGGAGCUGUGUACUGUGGACAUUUGGCAGAGAAGAGUGCCUCUCAUAGGGGCAUCUCUGUUCUGGGCUGACCCAGUACCUCGACGACUGAAUGAUAUGAGAGAAAUUUGACAAGAUUUCAACCCCUCUCCCACAAAAACUGGGUCCCACCCCUGGAACCUGGGGCCUUC